AUGUUAAACAGCAAAAAAUGGAUUUUAACUAAGGAACAGAUAGCUUAUAACAACGGUUUUGAAAGAAGAAUCGAAAGACUCGAAAACAAUCUCAAAAGCGCACAAGAACACAGUAAUAAUCUUAAAGCCAAAAUUAACCAGCUUACGUCUACCAUCGAAAUCCAACGACAUUGGAUCGAUGAAUUACAACAGAAACACAAUACUUUCAUUGAAAAUGAAGAAACGAUUAUCUCACGCCUCACGUCAAAUGAGGAUGGAUUGAGGAACAUGAAAAAUGAAGACGACUUUAGUAAAUACAAAAGAGCGUAUGGGCAGUUAUUUACAACAAUAAGUCUAUUUUCUCAGGUAGCUUUCGGUAAACCGUUAAAGGACCAUUAUAAGAAGAUAGAAGAUAAUGAUAUAAUUAUAAAACUAAGCAAAAAGUAUGGCUUUGGUUUGAGAAAAAAGUUAUUUUCAACGGGAAUUUAUAUUUCUAGCAUGUUUUUGGUCAAAACAAAAAAGGAAGGAAAUGGUUGA